UAUCGCCGCUUAAAGAAACUUGUUGCGGGUCCCUCCGCGGGACUGAGCUUCGGCGGCAGGCGGGACAGCAGUAAGACUGGGGACGGCGGCGGCGAGGCGACGCAGGUCAGGCCGCAGCACGGUGACCUUGGGUCCCAGAGGGGCCAUAGCGAAGCCCGGCAUCCGACCCGGUGCGCAUCUCCAGUGCACGCCCCUUCGCGUGCGGCCCAGAUGCUGGACAUGACCGAGACCCGCACCCAGCCGCCCUGCAGCCCGUCUGGCACGGCCAGCUCUAUGUCGCACGUGGAGGACUCGGACUCGGACUCGCCACCGUCGCCUUCGGGUUCCGAGGGCCUGGGUCGCGCGGCAGGCACGGGGAGCAGUGGCCGGAGUGACUCGGCCGAGGCGGCAGACGAACGCUUCCCAGCCUGCAUUCGCGACGCCGUGUCGCAGGUGCUAAAGGGCUACGACUGGAGCCUGGUACCCAUGCCGGUGCGCGGUGGCGGCGGCGGCGCGCUCAAGGCCAAGCCUCAUGUGAAGCGGCCCAUGAAUGCCUUCAUGGUGUGGGCGCAGGCGGCACGCCGUAAGCUGGCCGACCAGUACCCACACCUGCACAACGCCGAGCUCAGCAAGACGCUGGGCAAGCUGUGGCGCUUGCUGAGUGAGAGUGAGAAGCGCCCCUUCGUUGAGGAGGCAGAGCGUCUGCGGGUUCAGCACAAGAAGGACCACCCAGAUUACAAGUACCAGCCUCGCCGGAGGAAGAGUGUGAAGACAGGCCAGAGCGACUCGGACUCAGGCGCCGAGCUGGGCCACCACCCCAGUGGUGUCGUGUACAAGACUGAUGCGGGCCUCGGCGAUGCACAUCACCACAGCGACCACACAGGGCAAACCCACGGGCCACCCACCCCACCCACCACCCCCAAGACGGACCUGCACCAAGGGGGCAAGCAAGAGCUAAAGCUGGAAGGCCGCCGCCUGGUGGACAGUGGGCGCCAAAACAUCGACUUCAGCAACGUAGACAUCUCAGAGCUGAGCAGCGAGGUCAUCGGCAACAUGGACACCUUUGAUGUUCACGAGUUUGACCAGUACCUGCCCCUCAAUGGCCACUCGGCCCUGCCCACAGAGCCUGGCCAGCCUUCCACCUCUGGCUCCUACGCCGGAGCCUCCUACUCACACUCGGGGUCAGCGGGCAUUGGGGCGUCCCCUGUAUGGGCCCACAAGGGAGCCCCGUCGGCCUCCACGUCACCCACUGAAGCAGGUCCCCCUCGGCCACACAUCAAGACCGAGCAGCUGAGCCCUGGCCACUACAGUGACCAGUCACACAGCUCUCCAGGCCGUGCCGACUACAGUUCCUACAGCGCCCAGGCCAACGUCACCACGGCCACCUCUGCUGCAGCCCCCAGCUCCUUCACCAGCUCCCAGUGCGACUACACUGACCUGCAGGCCCCCAACUACUACAACCCUUAUGCAGGCUACCCGUCCAGCCUUUACCAGUAUCCCUACUUCCACUCAUCCCGCCGGCCCUAUACCUCGCCCCUGCUCAGCAGCCUCUCUGUGCCGCCUGCCCACACUCCCCCCAGUAACUGGGACCAGCCAGUGUACACCACCCUGACCAGACCCUGAGGAUACCGUGGUCGACUGAAGAGGGCCGGCAUGGGCGGAGGAAAACCUUUACCGGCAACGACAGCCUCUGAGGUCUCCCUGGAGGUGUGGGCCAGCAAGGUGAGAGGAGGCAGCAGCAGCGUGUGCCGGCUCCAUCAAGUGCCUGCUGAUGUGUGCAGGAAACCGACCAAUCCCCUCUGCUUCCAGAUCUCCAAACUUCCAUCAGUGGACAAAGCCCUCUUUUCCUCCUCCUCUCUCUCUUUGUGGUGACUGACAACUUCAAAACGAAGGAUGGUCAUUGGGUCCCUUUUCUGCGCAGACACCAGCGCCUUGGUUUUGCAGCACAGUGGAAGCAAAACGGGGCCACAAUACAAAGGACAAAAGGAGGGAAGAGGCACAGUGUCUCCAGGCCUCCUGCGUUCUGUGCUCCCGGCCAGCCCCAGCACCGGGAACUCCCAGGACCAGUGGACAGCACCCCUGCAGCGAGAGGGCACACCCACCGCCUUGGUGGGGAUGCAUCUGGAGGAGCAGCUGGGCAGCGUCACAUUCAUAGGGGCACCUUGGCGAGGAUGGGUCUGCAGGAGCAUCUCUGGGGACCAGCUCGUUAGCUCUGAGGUGUUCCUUGUAGUGAUUAACACUUCUCUUUUAUUUUUUUAUUUUUUAUUUUUGAAACUUAAAUAUGUUGGAUUUGUUUUGAAAGCUGUUAAAAUGUAUUUAUGUCCUGUGUUAUUUUAUCUUUAAUUAAUGAAGUAAUUUGUGCAGAGUAGAAUUUAAGAUAAAACGGACGCCUAGGAGCUGAGGACUUGGGGCAGGAGGCAGGUGGGGUUGGGACCCUCGUUCUGGCCUUUUGGGGCCUGGCUGCUGGGAGGCAUCAGGGAGGGGCUGAGCUCCAGGCUCCCAGGAGGCAGCUGGGACUCGGAAGGAGAAGGAGUUCGCCUUGUAGUGUGUCUUCGAUCAGGUUGGGGUGCUCCUGGCACCAGGUAUUAACUUGGGGUGUAGAAGUCAGGGACGUUGUUCAGUUUCAUCCCUGCCCACAACUGUGCUAAGUGGUAGAGAUGGGAAUUUCCUGGGAUGUGGUGGUUUCAGAAACACAUUAAUCUUGGCUCUUAGGAACCAGGCGCCACCUCCAAGCUGUGAAACUAAAACCUUAUUCACUAAGUGUUUUUAGAUUCUUUGUUUUAGGCAAAUAAUAUCUGACUUACCUGUACUGCUUCCACUGUAUGCUGAGCUAUGGUAACUGCCAAUUUCAUGGAAACUUGUGCCUUUAAACUUUGUAAAUUUAAAUACAUUGGAGAAGUUGCUUCUUUUUACUUUUUCUACUCUACCUACCCUUUUCUAGAAAAGUCUUUUUUGCAUAUCUUUCUCUGGGGGUGGGGGGACCGGGAACUACAGCAAACUCAUUUUUAUGCAAUCUUAUUUUUCGGUGUUGAGUUUGGACUUUUGUUCUCGCUUACCUGCUGUGUUUCGCUACUUUCUGACCAA